GAGUGCUUUGUCAGCACUCUUUGUCUGAAGUCUUGUCUCUCUGGUCUUGUUACCAAAAUAAAACAACUGAACACACAAAUCGUACUGUAGAGCCGACAUAACCUCUUAAAAUAAUGCGUCGUCUCUCGGGUGUGUGUGGCUGCUAAUGUUCAUUUAUGUCACAGGAAUUUCCAAAGUAAAGCGCCAAUGUUGCACAAGCUGUCUUAAGCGCUUCUUCGUCAGCACAGAUGGUUGCUUGAAUGUAAACACUGACCAGCAGGAGGGGACAGUAUCACUGAAAGAUUGAUAGUUAACUAUUAGUACGUUUAAUGAGCAUAAAAUAAAAUCAAUAAAAUAACCGCUUCACUGACACUGACGUAUAAAAUAAUAAGAAAAACUUUCGCCUGCAUCCGUGAGUACCUUUCCCCAAUUCUUUCACAGCAAAACACGCCUUUCGAUGACGUAAAAGUUGGAUAUUUGCGACCCACAAAGAGGCCUUGAAAAAAAUUGGAAUUGUACUUUUCCAUGAAAAAAUCAAAUAGAGGUCGCAUAUAAGCAAAACAAACCAGAAUUGACCUUCCGUGUGAACGGAGCCUCGAUUUGUUACAAUUCAAAGUUAAAUAGCAUAAAAGCCGUCCGGCAUACCCGUACACAUACACAAUAGCAGUCUCAGAGAAGCGACCGCCAAAUUGGAGUCAUGGUGUUGUUGUGCUAGGCUAUACAUUCCACGAUAGCUAAGGUUAGUAGCCAAACUUUGCCAAAUCGCUAUUAUUAGCUGCGAACAAACAACGUCUUGCAACGUGGGAGCAGGAAGAGGGCGGAGUAUACAGUACACACUGGAAAGUUAGCGCCUCACCGUGUACCUAAACAAAACGGACAGGACCCUUAAAUAUUGUUGAAAUGUUACACUUAUUCAACUAUUUCAUGUUAUACUGUGGCAGACACUAGAGGGCAUGCGUCUCACCCAUUCAGACUAUUGGGCGCGCAGGUUUUGGCGGGUUUGCUGCCUUGACAUUCAUUCCGUAGUUGGCGGUUGAGUUGCGGAAUAACGUCCUGCUUGAGACCAACACUCGUGUUUCUUUCAACUGCCACAUUGGUGACCCCCACGUGACCCAAUCCACCCGACAGCCAAUGGGUGACAGGCACGCCCUCUCGCAGAGGUCUGGCCUCGAGUCACGUGACUUGAACUCCAGUCACUAUUUUGAUGACUUGAACUGAAAAUAUAAUCAAAGACUUGGACUUUAACAUCAAUGACUUGAGACUUGACUCGGACGCCAGUCUGAUGACUUGAAUAUAUGUGAGACUUUCAGUGGGUGUGUUGAGUAAAAUGUUCCCCAUCCACAGUAUUCGACUAAGGUGAUCGUUGUGAUGUCAUUUCCAGCAAGACAACACAUUUUCCCUUUGAGCCAAGAAGAAGAGAACAAACAACGAGGGUGUGGAUGACUUUGCUGUGCACUCGCUAAAUCCUGAAUGCUGUGUCAGCACUCAUUGUCUGAAGUCUCGUCACACUGGUCCUAUUUAAAAAAAUCAAACAAUUCAAAAACAGCAUUCAUUGUGUUUGUCGAGUGUCAUAGAUUGUUAUGGUGGCGUUUUAUUGGGUUAACACGAAACAGUGCUUGUGACUUGGAAGGACUUGAAAAUGUCAAGCCUGUGACUUCAUGUCUCGGCAUGUCUUGUCCAGACUCGAGACCCCGACUUGGACUUGCACGAGACCUGGCUCGGGACUUGAGAUUAAAGACUUGAGACUUGCAAAACACGGAGGUUCUCCCACCUCCGCCUUCUAGUGUCCGCCACAAUAUUCACAGUAUCAGUCAUUGUGUGUUUGUGUAUUCCACAGUUUCUACCAAAGAAUAUCCCAAAUUCUUACUAAUUUCCAUGCAAACUGUCCAACUUAUCCAACCACUUUUUUCCUCAUGUCAGGAACUGGAACUGGCAGGAACGCGAUGACUACAUGAUUUUAGUCCUGGUAAUCCGUUGUUGUCGUACUGUGCAGUAAUCCGACCAGUCACUCUUGAACAGGAUCUUGCUGCAUUCUAUUGUCGAGUGAUGAGGUUUUGCAAAUAUUGUUUGAUUCUACGUACUUGAAUGUGCUUCCUUUUUUUUUUGCUUUAUACAAGCUUGUAUAUACUAUUUGAGCAGCUGGAUUUUUUGUGGUUUGCCCCUCAGGCAAGUGAUAAAGCUUUUCCUGUAUGGGAGGUCUAGAGAUCUGUGCAAAUGUUCUUCUUGAAGCUCAGGAGGAAACCCUCGCAAUUAAUUAGUAGAGACUCUAAAGUUGAAUCCCAAAUUACCAGGACAUGAACCACAGAUUCAGUAAUAGAACGCUUUAAAGCAUCCUAUGGGUCUGCAUCACGAACAGCGCAUGAGGACUAAUGAUAUUCCAUUAUCUUCUAAACCUGAGUGACGUGACACCUUGGCAGCUUGCUGGGGGGGCUGCACACCUAAUGUGUGUUUUGGAGCCAAGAAUCACAGAAGGUGCAGAUCUAGUCGUCUGCUUUAUGGUGAUGACUCACAUCUGGAUCCUUCUGUAUCGCGCCACGAACCAACGUGCAGUGUGGGGAUGACUAAAUAUCUCUUUUCAUGUGCCGCUGUUGACCUCGUUGUUGAGUCGCGACUAUGGGACGGCUCCCAAUGCUGACAUGCUCAGGGAGACACACCUACAGCUUGCCUAACAGUGUUAUGAGGAUUACACAAAGAAGUUUAAUUCCUCUGCAGUUACUGAGCUUGUCUUGACUCCCAUGACUCAUCGCUUCAAAGCGAAAGGUGAACGCUAACCUCGAAGGGUGAAGCAACAGCAGCUGCUGGAUUCAUUCACUCCUCAUCAAAAUUCGAAGACUAGUUCAGAAAUUGCAAUAAUUUACAUUUUGCACUGUUGGAUGUUAAAGGGAUAGGGAAAGGGAAAAAUGCCUCCUCAAAAAAAUGAGACCUCCCAAAUGACUCGGCUUUCUAUUUAUCCCUGCGCGCUGUCGCCUGUGCGUUCAUGUGUAUGCGAUGAAGACACUCGCACCUUCUUCCGCUGUGGAACACACGUAAACAAGAUGGCCGAGGCGCUCCGUCGCGGAAGCAGAUGGGCUCAAUCCUGGGCCCCCUGCUGUUCAAUCUGUACAUGCUUCCUUUGGGCCAGCUGCAACGUGUCCCACCACAACCACGCACACCACACGUCUACGUGCCGCUGACGGCCGGUGAACGCGGUCCUUUUUGACUUUGUCACUGCAUCAAACGGAUCAGUGUGUGGAUGCAAAACAACUUUCUUCAGCUAAACUCAGACAAAACUGAAGUCAUUGUGUUUGUGAGUGUUCUUAGCCACCUUGAGACUCUUUCUCUAAAACCUAAUCAUCAGGUUAGCAAUCUAAGGGUAAGAAUGGACUUGGAUCUGAACUUGAAAAGCCACAUUAAAUCAAUAACGUCACCAAAUCAAGGGACUAGUGUCUAAACCAUCUGUAGAGAGACUAAUCCACGCCGUUGUCCCCAGCAGGCUAGACUAGUGUAACACCUUCUCACCGGGCUCUCCAAACCAGCUGUAAACCAGCUGCAGUACAUCCAGAAUGCUGCUGCUCGAGUCCUGACUAGAACCAGGAAAUACGAGCACAUUAGUCCAGUACUCAGGUCUCUGCACUGGCUUCCUGUCACUCAGAGAAUAGACUUUAAAGCAGCUCUGCUUGUGUACAAGUCUUUUCAUGGUCUUGACCAAAGUACAUCCCUGACAUGUUGGAGCAACAUGAACCAUCUCGAGCUCUGAGAAGCUCAGAGUGGUCUCCUCGGGGGCCCAGAGUCAGGACUAAACACAAUGAGGCUGCGUUUCAGUUUUACGCUGCCAAAAUCUGGAACAGUCUUUUAGAAGAUGUGCGACAAUCCUCAGCUUUGGCAACGUUCAAAUCCAGGCUGGAAAGACUUCUAUUCAACUGUGCAUCUACGUGACAAUGCUAACUAUUUGAUCUGCACUCUUCAUUUUUUAUGAAUUUCUUUUUUUUUAACGGAAUGAUUGAUGGAAUUUUAUGUCAUGAUUUUAUGUUUUUGUGGAAUGAAUUCAUGAAGUGAUUUUACCCUUCCUUGCGUAUGAACGGUGCUGUAGAAAUAAACUUGCCUUGUCUUGCCGCUACGUUGCAGAAGAAAUGCAACCUUUCCAUACGGUUGAAAAUCAAGGUAAAAGUGAUUUUAAAUGGUCAUUUAUUACUUGCAUUUGUCAUUUAUAUGCAUUUCGAAUUGUUUUCUGUAAAAUGUAAAAUGAUCAAAAUAAGUCAUUUUAGGGUGUCUGGAACGGAUGACUUGGAUUUGCAUUAUUUCUUUUGGGAAAAAUUGAGAGGGUUAGCAUACGUUUCAGUUUGAGUCAGACCUUCUGGAAUGGAUUAAUGACGCUAACCAAGGUUUCAUUGUACUUUGAUAGACGUCACUGAGUACGCAUGUGCACCCAUGAAGAAUAGCUCAUAAAAAUGAAACAAAUGUUGAAAUGAAUAUGAUCUGUGCCUUCCUUUGUUGUUACCUUUCAGCGUACAGGUGGACGUUAACAUGAACGUAACACAAGUCAGAGGUUGCUGCUCCAAGCUCACACUGUCAAUGCACUGCCCCCCAUCUGCCACUGUGUUAUUUUCACAUUAACCCGCAAUGAUAAGCAGGUGGGAAUCCGAAAAAGGAGGGAUGAUGAGUCGGCUAAAAGGUCAGGGUCGUUGUUGGCUCGCCUCUGAAGUGGUUUCCCAGGAAAAGAGCCCCGGCGUGAUGCAUUUUGGCAGGGUGGCAGCUGGCCUUGGCCACUCAGUCCUGAUUCCUGGAAUAUAAAAAAGCUUGUUAAAGCUGGUUGUGAUUUGCAGGCCACCCGCACUCUCGUACAGUUUGAAUGGACCUAAGUGAGGGAACACGCGGCUUUUAUCCUCCACCGUUAUCGUUUACCUGUCAGACUUGACUUUUACGUGAUUAUUUAUGACGGUCUACAGUUUGACUCCUUUUAGCCUUUUUCCUGCUCUCCGUUUGGCUCCAGCAGGUGUGCGUGUGUAGUCAGCCGAGGAGAUGUGCUGGCUAGCCAACAAAGGCUCAGGCACAAAAAUGGAUCAGGAAAUUCUGGUUCCACUUUAUACGUGGUCCCUCCCCUCACAUGUCUGCAAAAACCACAAACCAACCCCCUGAUCCACCCACAGCAACAGGAAAAGGUGUUGACAACUUACUGCCAUUUGUUGUCACGGCCCGUUGCGAAGGAGGACCUUUGGUCUCAGUACUCCUCAAUUAGUGCUGGGAUUUCACCCAAAACACACCUUUUUUUUUGGCUGUUCAGCAGACAAACUUGACCCAAGUGAUGGUUACUGGAUAGGACUGUCGGCAAUGUGGACCCUCCAGUUGAUUCUUCUUUCCUGCCAUAUGAGGUCACCCUCUUUGUGUAAAUUGUUCAUUCACACACACACACACACACACACACCGUCACAGAGACAUGCAGGUCCCCAUCCCGUAGGGCCAGAGGAAGGAGAGCAAGCAGAGGAAGUGUGAGGGUCCAAUGUUAAACUUCGGAUGGGGGGACGUGGGAUCAAGUUGCAGGGCUCCAGCCAGAACCCCAUCGUGAGGACGGCUCGAUCCGCCUCACUCAAUGGACUUCAUGUCAGGGUCCUGUUUGUGUUGGUCCACUGCUGGACCGAGUCUUCAUUCCUGUUCACUUAGCGACCUUGCUGGGAACGUAGAGCGACUGGCAAAUUGAGAGCUUUGCCUUUCGGCUGAGCUCCCUCUUCACCACGACGGGUUGAUGAGUCCACAUGACCACCAAUCCGCCUGUCCAUCUCGCAUUCCAUCCUUCCCUCGCUUGUGAACGAGACUUCAAGGAUUUUCCCAUCUCGUUAAAAUCAUGUUUAAAAAAGAGCUAUUAAUGAAUGAAUUGCUAAUUCAUUUCCUACCACGUUGAUGAAGGACAUUUAGUCACAUGCCCAUCCGUCUUCGUCAGCACUGGGCUCAGACCUUGAAGGGAAUUUUUAUCCACACCCCCACAUAUUUUAAGUCCAUUUCUGUACAAUUGAAUGAUCAUUCUAAUUAAAAAUAGUUUCUUUUGAGUUACUAUAAUUGCACUUUAAUGAUAGACACACUAAGCACAAAUAGAACAAUGCGUUAGAUGGGUUUUUUCUUCCGAGGGGACCUUUAAUUAGGACUUCGAGACGGUUUUGGAAAGCCAUACUUAGCAUGUGAUGUUUGCCACUAUUGUGCGAAAAAAGGAGAAGGGAAGCUGUCUAACCUGAAACGUCUUCAAAGACAUUGUGCUGCUGUUGGUGUUUGUGGCCACGCAGCUAUUUUCAUAGUGGUGUUUGUGGAAAUGUUACAAUGGAGUACUUGCAGGAGGGCAUUGGACUCACAUUCCUUCAAUCCGACCUGCCGGACUUUUCACAUUUUUGUUUUAAAACCUUUAACAUCAAAGCUGUGGCCGCCAAUAGGCAAUAUUUUCCAAUGAGCAUAAGUCUUAAACUAUCAAAAUGCUUUCUAGGGAUACGCCGGUCAUUACGGUAAUCAUAGGGCUGCUGUGACAGCAAAGUGGGUGGGAGUAUGAGUGCAGGGCAGGCAGGCAGACUCGCAGGCAAUUAAGCUUUCUGUGACCACUUCUGCAGAAAAGACAUUGUGGUGUUUGCCUUCACAUUUCAUUUGCCUCAUUUUUGCUGUGUUUUGCGUGAUUGCCAAACAUGUCAAGGAGGUCGUGUGGGAGGUAAGUGGGGGGAAUAGUCGGUGUUCUGCUGUUCACAGCGGUAUUCCUCGUCGUACGGUGGCCUAGUGGUUAGCAUGUUGGCCACACAGUCAGGAGAUCUGGAAGUUGUCGCGUGGAGACCAAAGUCAUCAAAACUGCUACGUGACUCUGGUCCGACAUUUACUGUGGAAAGCUUUUAUCUUUUUGUCACAAAUUUUAUGAUAUUUCCUUCUGAGGCUACAUUCAUUCUGCUGCCGGAGUACAAAAUUACAAAUUCCAGGGGAAAACCUCCCAAACUCUGCCAGACUCCAUCAGUCCACUCCUCAGUCAACACUACAAGCACCGUUACUGCUCGGCCACCAAAAUAGCCUUCAGCCUGCAUGCUCUUCGAGCUACCAGGUCAGCAGCAGGCAGGGCUGAGAUGAAUGCAAGCCUUUUCUCUGUCGAGUGACCAGGGUCCCGCUGUGUCUGCUUGUGGUGGUGUCGGCCCGUACAACCACAGACAAAGUGCUUCUAGUGAAGAGAUGUAUCUGACGACUAGAGCGAGUGCCAAGUUAGAUGGUUGUCUGUGACAGCACAGCACAGCGUUGAUGACAGACUGACUCUGGACGUUACCUUUGAUUCCGGAGAAGGAGAGCAGGCAACUGCUGAAAGGUCCUUAAAGUAGGAAGUAGCGUAGGAGACUGUGGUAGAAGGACACUAUGUGUUUUGCAGUCUGAGGGAGAUUUCCUCUAAGCUCAAUACGCUUAGCCCCUUCUGUAAUUAUGUGCCAAAAAUAUUUUUCGGAGGAAGAAUGUAUAAAUAAUGUUUGCAAAACCACCCCCUUUCGGAGGCUUUGGGGAGAUAUUUUGGAUAUGUCACCAAGUUCACACAGCGCCUGUAAAGGAUGAUGCAGGUUUCCUUCUUCUGACUCAAAAGAAAUGGGAAGCAUUGCAUUUAUUCAACAACGAGUGCACAGCAGAUCCCAGCAAAAGGUGGAACCGGCGAGUGAUUGAGGCGUCCAUAAAGAUUAGUAGUGGUAAACAAGUCAAGUAGGAGUUUUGACACACAGCAGGGCUUGUUCAUGGGCUUUGACUUAAGUAGGAUUGUUUUUCAUUUUCAAGGUGUUGAAAAUGAGUAUCAUUAGUAAUGACAGAAGGAUUUGCAUGAAUUAUACUGCACAUUCAGGUGCGACGCAUGUGCUCAUGAAAGAGUCACUUGUGCCGGGCGGGCCCUGAUUAACUCUUGUUUUGUGCUCAGUAGUUGCACAGAGCGCUCACGCUAGCCGAGUGAGCUUUAGCUGUCAAGCAUUCACAAGCUCAACAUGAACUCAUUCAAUAGCAAAGACGUAUUUAAACGCCCCAUCCCAACAACGUAUUUAUACGUUUUUACGUUUUCUUGUGUGAGAGGCAAAAAGAGGUGAUGACGCCACUCUCCACUAAUGCAUGUCACUUUCAGAGCAAUUUUAAGGCGUAAAAACGGCCACAAGGUGGCAGAAGUUCAUUUGAUGAGCGCUCGGCAAGGAUCAUGUGAGUGGAAGCAUCACGCAUGACAGCAAGGAGGAAGUGCGAGAGCGUGGAGGAGUGUAGCGUGCAGAAGCUUACACAUUGUUGGGAAAUUUUAACGCAUGCGUGCGUGCACACACAGAGUAGAGUUCCAAAUGUGAAAACUGUGAACUGUUCAUGGUGUUAUAUUUGUAAAUAAGUUGUUAUUUUGAUGUCUUUUUGUGUUGUUUAUGUUGGUUUAGUUGUUUACAUAUCUGAGCUGCCACAAAAGCAAACAAUAUUUGUGCCAAAGUGAAAGUUAUGCUUGAAAUGUAUCCUUUCACAAAGAGCUGCUUUUCUCCCCUUUUUGGUCAGGAACUGAUAUUUUCCUCAACCUUACAUAUGUUCUACUGCUGGUUACUAAAGAACAGAAAAAGGUAGAAACAAACUUUUUUUCCUGAUGAAAGAUGAGAGUCUAAUCUUUACUUUGGUAGGUUUCAUGAAACAAAAUAUCGUGUGUGCCUUGAAAGAUCAGUCAAAAUGGUUUCAAAUGGCCACUACUGAAGGGCUUGUCUCUUGAAAAAUGUCUAGGAGAGUGAAUGAGUGAAUUUCCUUGUGUGACGGCGCCCUAGAGCUUGCUGGUACCACAGAAGUCAGGGUAAUUCCACACCGUCUUGGUUGCGUCUCGGUUUCUUAACAUAUGAAGAGACUACUGUAGAUGCAUACAGCAUGUAGUGUAAACCAAUGCAUGGCUGCAAUCAGCACUUAUUGCACAAAAUGAAGUUGGAGCACAUAAGUCACUGGACGUCAUUGCGCAAUCUUAAAAAAAAACAAACUGUGAUGUUUAAAGGCAAAGCACAGAUGAGGAAAAGAAGUUUUACCACUCGCUGUUUUCCUAAACCUCCUUUUCUGGUGACCUAAAACAUAGUUUAGGGUGGAUGAAAGGCCGAAACGCAUAGAAAAAUAUAUGUUUUAAAAAUACCUGUGCUCGUGUGGACAUGGCUGCAAACUUUUUACUGUACCCAAAACGAACUAUAACUCCAAAACCUUGCUGGGACUGAGCCAUGUCCGCUCGCAACCCUUUGUUUUUCACUCCCGAUCACACGCGUACACACACUGGAGCGGUGAGAGUGGCGUUCCAAAGGGCAGAAGUGUUUACCUGCCCACUUCAGUGGAUUCCUCAGCCUGCUGGCUCAGACGCUGAGGUAGAGGCUGCGGUGCCUGCAUGUCUGCUGUCUGCACCGAGACAUUCUUAGUCUGAUAUCACUGCUGCAUGUUCAACAAAGAUGUUGACAGGCCAUAUUGAAGCAGGCUAACAGUGCAAAAGUUGCAUCAUGAAAUUCCCUGUGGUCAGCGGGUCGGGGGUCUUGAAGUGCUGAGCGUUGCGGGAGACAACAGGUGUGAGCUUCUGCAUCUUUGCACGAUCCCUGUAUCGCAUGUGUUCAUGCGUUGGAGUCAGUACCUCCAUGUUGCGCUCCUAAAUUGCAUAAGUGCGUAGCUCUUUUUACAAACAUCACUGAUGGAAUGCUCCACAGUAAACACACAUCAGGCAGCGCCAGCAUUACUGAACGCGGUAUUGAACAGGCGGGUAGAAGUUGCGAAAAUAUCAUUUGAGAUCUUCUAAUCAGUGCAUUUCCAAUAUUUCAGAUGGUACAGCAAUCACUCGUGAUUAAAGCAGGAUUCUUUAUUUAUAAAUGGAACAUUUUCAUAGUUAUGACAUAGAAAACCUGGUUGCAACCUUCUACAUGUUUUUAAUAUGAAUCGAACCCGUACAUUCCGAACCACAAUAUUUCAUUUGUUUCUGCAAGAUUAAAAGCAAAAAGAUGGACAGGAACGCUAUGAUGAAGUAAUGAUACCAUAAAAUGGGCCAGAAGGAAUACGGUCAUCCCUCGUUUAUCGUGGUUAUUGGUCCACGGAGAAGGAUUCCUUAUUUAGAAAUCAAAUAUUUCCAUAGUUAUAGCAGAGAAAACCUGUUUACGACCUUCUAGAUACAUGUUUUAACAUUAUUACAGCCCUCUAGACGUGAAAUAACAUAACAUAACAUAACAAAAAUUAAGUGACUCGCGUAUUUCACUCCUCUGAUUGUGCCUCGUCCUGGGAGCCGUUCAGCUGUAGCGUUUUUGUAUCCUUGUUAAAACAUUUUGCUCCUGCCGUCGUCCUCCUCCUUCAAUCAAAGAUUCAUUAAGAUGGUUAGCUUCUUCUUCUUCUAUUGUUUAUUGGUGGUUAGCAAGAAGCUCACACAGUUAGUUAGUUUGCUAGCGGCCACUGACCACACCAGGAAACGGCACAAAGGAGAUUGAUUGGCAAUGGCCUACAGCCAAUUAGGACACAGAACCACACUGUGUGUAUGCUAGCGGUCCCGCCUCCACCCACCGAGACAAACAGACUGUAUGACUGACAGAAGGGCUCACUCCGUUCAUGCCGCUGUUCUGUGGGACAAACCAAUGCAUGGAGAGAGUGACCUGUGUUCAUGCGCGCGUGUGCGUGCGCGCGUGUGCGUGUGUCUAUGAUAGGGAGACUGAAGCGACUUCAAAGCGGCGUGGCAGCACGGCCUGUUUACUCGGCUCAGUGGAGUCUGCAUUCCUCUGUCUCACUUUUCCAUGGCAUUCCAUGAGGAGCUACACGCUCUUGGCCUAGCGCCCGCACCACGGCAACGCUCACCCCCGCCGACCCCUCCGCCCCUCCCCGUAUUGAACAUACAUUACUGGGCGCUCUGCUCAGACACCGGACCCAGCUGGGACCGGUGCAGCAUCCGACAUCCAGAACCUCGUGAGAUGUGCAGCGGUUUGUCGUGAGGAGUUUUCUGCACAUUUCCGACCAUAAAUCAGGUUUCCACAUCGGCAGCGGUGAAGGAAAGAGUUGUGUAGCCAAUUACAAGGUGUUAUCUGAGUAGCAGGGGCGACAUGAGAGAUGCUGUUUUGCUGCUGUUGACGGGCGAGUUGCUAAGGAGUUGCUAAGUGACCACACGAACGCUGGAGAAGAUCACCAAUAACGUGCGGAAGCCUUUCAUUUAUUUGUCAUGUUGACUUUCCCUCAAAGGCCGCCUCUUUCUGACAUUGCUGGAAAGGAGGAGUGGAAUCCUUCCGUGUUCCGUCACAUAAUGUUAGGGAAUGACGUGCAGGGUCAAAAUGGAACGGUUUUUGGUUUUGUUUUGCCGUUUGGCAUCUGAGCCUCUUCUUCCACCUCCGCAUUGUGGACUUUCUACUGUAAUUUAGUAGACCGGUUUUCAUGUCUUAGUCGGUGGCGGAUGCUGUCGUCCUGUGAGAGUAUUGACAAGGAUGUGAUACAGAGCCUUCAAAGUAUUUAUCACUCACGUCCGCCACACCGUGGGGCCUCCGCAGGUCAAAUAAAUGUUUUACAGUCGUAGCAGCACUGCCCUCAUCCAUGCCACAGCACAGUCACGCCCUUAUCUUUCUCCAAGGUCCCGCACCAGGUGCUGCGGGUAAAACAUUUGCUCUCUAACAGCUCCAGCAUCAGGUUACAAAUGUUUACAUAAGCUUUGCUUCAUUGCCUACCAUAUAAAUACAGUGGCCCCCCCUUCCUGAUUUCUUUUUUUUGUGCAUGUUUGUCACACUUAAAUGUUUGAGGUCAUGAAACAACUUUAAAUAUUCGUCAAUGACAACACAACUCAACACAAAGUGCAGUUUUGAAAUGAAACUUUUUGUUAUUUCAGGGGGAAAAAAAUCCAAACUUCGAUGUCCCAGUGUGGAAAAGUCAUUGAGAUCAAUCAGUGUGGAAAAGGUUAUGAAGCCAUUUCUAAAGCUUUGGGACUCCAGCCAACCACAGUGAGAGCCAUUAUCCACAAAUAGCGGUGAACCUUCCCACUGGUCGUUCAUUAUUUAGUGAAAUGUUUUCUUGUCUCUUGUGUACUUACAUUCGCACUUCAACUAAAGCAAAAUUUAGUUUUUUUUCUGAUUAAUCAAAAAAAGUGUCAGUAGAAUACUCGAUUACUAAAAUAUUGCAUACUGCAGCGCUACAGGCUACGCUAGUCCAUGCCUGCGUGUUUGAUCACUUCCUCGUCAAACAUGCUGCUGCUCAACUUUGCUUGCGUCUUUCUUGACACAUGUUGCCUAGCUGUCUAGCUAGCUACCUAGCUAGCUAGAAUUAUCCGCCUCACUUCUCGUCUUCGGACUCCAAAUGACAAGCAAUGUGGUUAUUUUGUUUUGAGUGGUGGGGGGGGGUGUAUAUAAUAAAAGUCAUAAUAUUCUGACGAGCUCCACAUAUCGCUGAUAUGUGGAAAGCUUGACUUCUCUCUGUGAGGUUUUGGAAAGCGAGAGAGGUGGUGGCCGGUGGCCGGCCGGAGGAAGCCUGGAGGACGUGUGGAUGUGGCCCCCAUGUCCACGGGGAAGAGGGAUCACUGCAAUACUAACAAACUGCUGGGGUGCCGAGCCACUGACCUGUUGUGACAGGGAAGUGUUGUGUUUGUGUUUCACUCGGGGCUUUGAAACGUACGCCUUAGCGCCAGCCUGAGGCUGAUGGAGCGCUUUUAGAUGUGGGGGGGGUUUCUGUGUGUCUAGCGUGCAUUUAAAGUUAGCUCAAACUAGGCAGGAAGCUGGUUGUGUUUUCCAUUUCUUCUUAAUUCUCCAAAGAAAUCAUACAUCUUAUUAGUUGUUUCAUUUUGUUUAUGUAGUUUGCUUCAUUGUAUCUUUUUUCUAUAUUUGGGGCCCGAGCACCAAGCGGUGGAAGGGUCCUAUAGAAACUGCUAUGUUUGGUAUUAUUAUUACUACGCAACUUUACUUCCCUUUAGAGAGCCUUUCAGACAGCCUUAACAUGCAUGAAACCCACCGAAAUGUGCAAGCAUGUCAGGUGUGGUGAGAAAAUGAGAUAUUUCAGGGGUCCCAAACACAAACUCCCAAAAUUCACUCAGUAGCACCCCCUUAAGUAAAAAAACCAUUAGCCCCUGCCACCAGUUCCAUGGAUUGUCGUGACGUCAAUCAUGACAGGACGCACAAAAAACAGUGAAACAACAAAGAAUGAAAAAUGAAUGUAAAAUAAGACACGCAAGAACAAUGCCUAAUGCCCCUAAGACGGGGGUGUCCAAAGUGUGGCUCAGGGGCCAUUUGUGGCCCGUGACUGUUUUUUUAUUGGCUCGCGGCACAAUCUAAAAAUAUAAUUUAACAAGAAAACGUUUAAAAAAAAAAAAAGCAAAAAAUUGAAAAAUCUGCAAUAAUUUUACAAAAAUAAAGUGAAUAUAUAUAUUUUUAAUAAUGUGUCCUCUAACAAGAAAAAGAAUGUUAGGAUGAAAAAAAAUGUUCAUUUUAGUGGCAUGAAGAUGGAAUAUGAAAGGAAAACAACGUGGUAGUUUUAGAGAAACAACACAAAGUCAAGUUAUCCUUUUUGGGAAAUUAGGGUUGCUGAAAAAGCUCUGAUAUUUUGGAACGAAGUCAUGUAAGAAUAGAACAUUUGCUAGAAACAAGUUGAAAUAGCUGGAAAAUUAAAAAAAAACAGCAGAAAUGGAAAAAACAGCUGUAAUUUUAUGAGAAUAAAUUGAAAACGUCAAGACGAAGAAGUGGUAGUCUUCUAAGGAAAGAAGCUAACUCAGGAGGAGUUAGAAAGAAAACCUUCUUUCAGGAGCGUAGAGUUGAAUAAUGAAGGGGAAAAAAUGUUCUUUUUAUCAAGUCAUAAUAUAAAUACCAACCAAAAUAAAGUUGUAAUUUUUAGCAAACCGCUAACUGUUUGUGUUUGGUUCGUGUUGGUUUGGUCCGUCUAGGCCGGGGGUCUGCAACCCGCAGCCCCAGACCCGCAUGCGUCUCUCUUAUGCUUCUGCCGUGGCUCCAGCUGGUUUACGCUUCUGUGGUCACUACGCCGUCUCUUCUGACGCCGUCACGAACCUUUCAAAGUUCCGCGUCGGGAGCUGAGCGCUUGCCGUGCAGGUGUCUGCCGAAGUGCGAGGGGUGGUGUUUUCUGGGGAGUCAACUCGGAGAGAAACUGUGACGCUGGCCAACCGUUUAGCUCGUUAGCUGCCUUUCGGAAAUGAACAAUAGGAACUAAAGCGACAUGGAGCGUGGCACCACAGCUGAAACUAACGGAUGAGUUGCAACAUUCCUAUUGCGAAAUCGGUGGAGAAGGCUGAAGAAACAUGACGGAUUACCGGAUGGCAACAGGCGUGGCUCGUCACUCCGCCCGGCGGAACAGGCAGACAGAAAAGGAAGAGUUAAGGAAAUGACUUUAUGUAGCAUGACUGGACAAAUACUGCAGGUUUUGUGGCUCCGAGUGGGUUUUCAUUUGGUGGAAACAGGCCCAAAUGGCUCUUUUGACGCUGAAGGUUUGCGACCCCUGGUCUAGGACCCAACCGAUUACUCACAACAACGGACAGGCGAGAGCGCGGAGUGACACAAACGCAGAGGAAAUAACGCUGAGCGACUGGGAGGUCUGACUUGGUUUAGCGAUGCACAAGUGUGACUCUUUUGAACGCGUGUUGCUUUGAGAAGCCAAACUCUUUACGAAAGAGACCCCAGCAACGAACCGGAAUUAUGAAUUAUGUUCCUCCUCACCGCCAUCCGACCAGAACUCUGCUCACGGAACAAACGGUAGAUGCACUACGCUGCUGAUGUAUCACCCUCUGUCUCUGUGCAACACGAGUGAAGAUGAACGACCAGAGAGCGACUUCAUCACCAUUGUCAAGCUGGAGCAGAGCGCACUGCCUUGUCCACCGCUGCUGGAUAAGGCUCACAUGGCGCUGGACAAGGGAGCUCAGGCUGUUAUUUUCGAUGUCAGCGAUGACGCCAAUGCGGCCGCUGAGCUGAAGGAUGCGGGCGCUGAGGGAAACUCCCUUCCCCGCCCAGUUGUGCUGGUGUACGCUGAGGAUGCGGAGGAGUUGAUGGGUCUGGUCAACAAGAACGAGGAGGCUGAAGUUCGUAUUGAGAUCCUGGUGGAGCAGCCCAAAUGGCGACAUUAUGACGUGGGCAUCCUCCUCACCAUUGUCUUGGCUAUUUUGAUCAUCAUCCUCAUCUUUGCUUUCCGCUACAAGUGCAAAUCCAACAGAACUUGGGACACCGUCCAUCAGCAGACCAUGCACGCCAUUAGUCGCUUAGAAACCAAAACCUACAUCUCCCAGGGCUGCUCAGGCACGCAGCGCUCCCACGGCAGCAGUUCCAACUCCAGCCCCGUCUGUGCCAUCUGCCUGGAGGAAUUCCAGGACGGCCAGCAUCUGAGGAUCAUCUCCUGCGCUCACGAGUUUCAUAAAGAUUGUGUGGAUCCUUGGCUGCUGCAGCACCGUACCUGUCCUCUGUGCAUGCACAACAUCAUGGGUGAGGAUAAGCCCAUUUGCAGGACAGGGAGGCAGCCCCACAGGAACAGACUUCAAUCCAGUCUAGAACGAAGUUUCCUUCAUCCCCAGCCUUACAGCAGCCCCCGAAACCACCCGUUCCCCCAGCACGCCAUCCCUUUCUCCAUGAGGCCGCACUAUCCUCGCGGACCUUCAGGCUCCUACCCCCCAGUAGCUCACUACAAUGCGUCUUCUCCCAUGGACAGCCAGACGCUGCGUCUGCUCACCAGCAGACCUUUGGGUGCCCCUUGUGAGUACCACCUACCCACAGAGGGUCCCAGGAGGACCCACAGGACUGGCGGAAACUGUAGGACUUCAACCCACCACUACACCCCCCGCCGGUCCUGCCCAAACUAUCGCUCUUCCUGCCCAGCUCAGCGUAGCGCAUCCGUCUCCAGAGUGCACCACACCGCCUCAGCCGCCCCACAGCCCCGUAGAGUGGCCGGCCACGGCCGACCGGACGAGGGCAGCUGCUCCGGCGGCAGCUACCACACGGACCGCAGCGGAUAUUUAGCUGACGGCCCGGCGAGCGACUCCAGCUCGGGGCCGUGCCACGGCUCCUCCAGCGACUCGGUUCUCAAUUGUACUGAUGUGUCCAUGCAGGGAGUGUACGGCAGCUGGUCCACUUUCCGUAGCUCGCUGAGUAGUGACUACGACCCGUUUGUGUAUUAUGGGUUAGGCUCUGGGCGAGCCCCGCGCAGAAGCAGCCUGGAGAUGGAUGCCCAGGCCCGGCCCAGGUCUCUGGAUUUGGUGGUGAAUAAGGCGGGCUGCCCCGAGGAGCAGCCACAGACUGUGUUUAGCCACAUCCACUACCACCGCCACAGACACCACCACUAUGAGGAAGGGGAGCCCAGCCAGGGCCCAAGCAGAGGCUCAGAAGAGGAGCAAGGGGCCACAGCAGCAAUAGCUGCGCCUCCUGCACAUCUCUUGGACAAAGACUCAUCUGUUUGCCCUCCUCAGCCCAGUCACUGCCAGUGCACAAAUCCUGACUGUACCAGUGUGCCCAGCUGUGGGACAGAGGGUCGGGAUAUGGACCCGAGCAGCGCUUCAGGGCCCUCUGUGCUGGUGUCCCCUAUCCCCAUACAGAUACAAACCCACUGCUGCCACCAGGGACGCACUACCGCAGCCCUCGGACGGGGCUGUGUCCGAGACCCGCUCUCCGUUCACUUCCACCAGAGCUUGGACCUUCAGGAUGAUCGGAGCAGCUGCAUCCACUAUGGCCAGGGCUCAGGGUUCUGCCGCUCUCCCCCUGAGCGGCACCCCGCCCCCCUUCCUGUACCUCUCAUUCUGGACUCGGGAGGUAUAGACGACUGGCCUUGCUGCGCCGGAUCCCACCUUGUUUGGCAAAAACGUGUGCAGGAGGCGCACUCGGAGCCUCAACUUCUAGGCACCAGGACCUCCAUUGAGUGGCCCCCUUGCAGGCUUCACCGGGGACUUGCUGCAGACCGCAACACAGACAUUUGUUUGUGUUGCCAAAACAUAUACCACCAUCAGGGAUCUGAGGAGGAGUCUGGAGUGUGACAACUUGGUUCCACAAUACACUAGAACCCGUUUAAGUCGACUACCCGUCUAUGUGCACCAACUCAAGGCCCGGUCCACCGUGUUCUUCUUAUGACUAAAACAUGCCUACCUGGUCAGUUUAUGUCGGGGGUCCCAGACUCAGUUUAACAGGCGACGGAUGGACUGGGUGAGGCAACUCGUACUCCCAGUGGGGGAUAAAGAACAACAACUAUGUGAACGCUAAACUUCAGCAUACAGUGGAACCUCGGUUAGCGGCAUUAACCUGUUCAAGAAGGUCUGACUCGAACCGAAACACACUCGACCCGAAUCCAUUUUUCCCAUAAGAAAUCAUGGAAAUCCAAUGAAUCCAUUCCUGACAACCAAAAUCGUUCACCCAAAACGUGUUUUCUUGGUUUUACAAUGAUAGUUUUCCAUGCUGACAACAAUUCAAAAUGCAAAUGAAUGAUGAAUGAAAGGAUAAAUGAAGACGGGAUUGUUGCCAAAGACAACGUGGCAGCGAGAUCAAUGCCGACACCACCUUCCUGUUUUGCCUUGAGUUAUUUCUUUAAUUCAAUGGAGUUUCUCACCUCGAACCUCUGCUUUUAUUUUGAUCACAGCUGCAAAAUAACCCAAAAUGGAGCCAAAGAAAGUUGCAAGUGGCAGCAUUUUGAUAAAGAGGGUGAGAAGCGCCAUCCAAUUCAAGAAAUAACGUGAAAGUGGUGUCUGUCUUGAUCUCACCGCCGCAUGGUGUCUUUGGCAACAAUCACAUCUUCAAUGAAGAAUAUUCAUUUAUCCCUUCCCUGCCUUUCUGUAUGUCAACUAUUCAUUGUACAUCUAUAAAAACAUGUUUGGGAGAUUUGUGGCGUAACUGUUAGUUAGCAAAGAACGACAGAUGACAUCAUAGACGGGCGACGGAGCCGACUUCCGGUUCCUGUUUUCAUGUAUUAGCUAGCUAAUAGGCUGCUAACAAGGAUGUUUUGUGCUAAAAAUACAUUAAGAACACAGUUGGACUCAAGCAGUGUAUUCAUAACAUGACAAGACACCUGCCAUAUUGUACACUAAACGGAAAAUACACGCAAACCGAGGCAAAAAUUUGGCGUAAAUUAUUGAUGUUAAGCAAAAAAACAUGUUAACCGGGGCGUACGCUAACCGAGGUUCCACUGUAUUUACAAAACAAGUACCGCAAGGCAGUGUAUAAAAAAACAUUACGGCUGCAACUAACAGUUAUUUAUUUUGGUCAAUUAAUCUGAAGCUUGUGGUUUUGAUUUAUUGCGUAAUGGCGUAAAUACAAACAGUUGGUGCUUUGGUCCGCAACAUAUCAGAAAAAAUAGACAAAAAUGUUGAUCACUGUUUUCCAAAUUUGAAGCUGAUGUGUGCGGAUUUUUCUUGUUUUGCCUAAAACACAAAAAUAAUAGUCUGCUUUCAUGGAUGACUGAGGAAAUUAAUAAAUAUUCACAUUUGAGAGGUUGAUUUUUAAAUUAAAAAAAGAUGACUUGAACGCCAAAAUGGUUGUCGAUUCGUUGGAGGCAGUCGUCCCUCGUUUAUGGCAGUUCCAGACCCGACCGCAGUAAGCAGUAAAACUUCCGCAAAGAAGGAUUGAAUAUUAAUAAAUGGAAUAGUUUUGUAGUUACGGCACAGAAAAGCUGUUCACCAUCCUCUAAAUACGUUUUUUAACAUGAUUAGAGCCCUCUAGACAGGAAAUAACACACAUUUCUAUUGACCAACAUCGGAGAUAUACGUACAGUAAGCAGAGAAAAUGGGACAUAUUAGACAGAAAUAAGAUAACAUAGACUCACACCUUUGCAGUUCCUUAUUUUUUUUCUGGACAUUGUACUUCCAGUGUACUUCCGCCAUUCCAAUACAACAAUGUACUGCAAUGGUGGCUUUAAAUGGCUUUCCAGUCUAAUUACCCGAUGUUGUAGACACAAUAAACCACUUAAGUCCUGCUCAAGCAGUGUCACAGUAAAUGUGUUCUCUACGGAACGUUAGCGACAGUCUAGUGCCCGUCUCACCGAGCAAUGACUGACACCUUGUGGCCGAUGUAGAAUACUGCAUCCUUGUAUUUAUAUUUACUUCAUUCAUUUGGACAUCAUAUGCUUGAAAAUACUUGAUUUAGGCCAAGAGUAAGUACAAUUUGCUUAAAUGUGCUUUUUUUUUUUACUAAUAGGCCAUUUUGGAAAACCUUGGUAGAGUGAGGGAGCGAUGUUCGAACCGCGAUGUUGCGAGGGAUGACUGUAAUCAAUGAGUUAUGAAUUCAUCGAUUAACUGUUGCAGCUCCAAUACAUAUACACGAAAAAACAUCAACAAACCGCCGCAGGUUGACAAAUGUUUUAUUUUCAGCCGUUGUCCCGUGUCUCUGGCCAAGUCCCAAGGAGAUGUGCAAGCAGGGGAUAGUUUCGGAUUUGGUUUCGAUCAUGUCGACAGCCGCUAAUGUCGACGGCGGGCGUCGACAUAAACGGGUUCCACCGCAUCACGCUGCUACUCGGGAGCCAGAAUGGACAGUCCUCCUCGUCGCUCUCCUCUGCUGCCACUCAUGCCCGAGGAUUCUUGACCCCAGCUCCUCCCUCUGCAGUGUUUGAUUCCAAAUAACUCAUGGCGAAAAGUGUGGAUGAGUUCCGAAAUAAUGAACAGAUAUUCCGUGUUUGGGAUGAUGGUGGUGAUGAUCAGGAGCUGCUGAGGGAACACACGACAGGGGGUUGAAAGCGUGUGUCGCCCUUGAUCCGUCAUGCCGUGCGUGCCUUCCUGUCUUCCACAAGAACGUGAGCGCUCACUGUGGUACCUCCCUCGCAAUCUUCCUCAGUCUUCAUCUUGUCACUCUUAGCCUACCUCAGCUCCCGUUUUGUCUUGCCUGACGCACAGGGUCUUUCAAGGUACUGCUGUAGUUUUUCACGCCACAUCCACGUAGCCGCCCGAGCCUAAAAGGUGAUGAGUCCUGUCAGAGGAAAGGUGGAUGGUGGGCCUAUCAGACAGUGAAUGUUCUCUGAAGUGGCCUCCUUUUCAGUACUUCAAUAAUGGCAGCUCUUUUCAUCAUGCACCGUUUUCUUCCUUUUUUUUUAAAUGACUGAAUUGUGUUGCCAUUUAUGCAUCUUGAUGCCAUUUUUCUUUGCUUUAGCGGGAUGAUGACAUUUUCUGCUCGUUAUUUUUCUUACUUUUUCCCCAGCGACUAAAGCUCUUCAGCACAGUUCCUCAUGGAAGCCGCAGAACCACGCCCAGUGCCUCCUUAAUAAUAACAAUAACAAUAAUAAUAAUAAUAAUACAGAUAGAGUAUAACUGGAAUAAAGCCACGAGACCGUAGAGCUGGAAUCGACUCGCUUGCCUGAGAAGCAUCUCAGAAACGAUCAAACAAUGACACGGUGCUUACACUUAGAAAACAGCAAUUAUGCAAGAAAAAAGUCAUAUCAUUUGGAAAAAGAUGUCAUAAAUAUCACGAGAAUACAGUCAGAGUACAGUAAUCCCUCCAGUUCCGGACCUGACCGUGAUAAAUGGAAUAUUUUCACAGUCAGGGCAUAGAAAGAAGUUGUUUUAACAUGAUUAGCCCUGUAGACAUGAAACAGCACCCCUGUAGUCACCUUGACACUCCUAUUACCCAACAUUGGAGACAUAAUAAGAGAAAAUAAGCCAUUUUAGGCAUAAAUAAGACUCUCGCUCGUGUGUGUUCCGAUGCUACGCGGAGCCGAGUGAGGGGCGAACAGGAAGUCUAGUCGGGGGUUGAGAGCUGAGUUUUAGCUUGGUGAUGAGGAUUAUUGUGCCUGUUGUGAGACCUUUCACACCUGCCAUAAAAGCCUGUUGUCUUGUUCCGCCAAUCAAGUGUGUCGCUUGUGCGCCUCACUGAACUCAGUAACAUUCUUGACGCCUAGCGACCAGCGUAGAAUACCAUAAAUUAGCUUUCUGAAUGCGUCUUCUGAAGCCAUUUUUAUGCUUGAAAAUGCUCAAUUCAGGCCAAAAAUAUAUGAAAUUUGCUUAAAUGAGCUGUUUGCCUGAUAAAAGGCAGGAUUCAACCAUGAAACAGCAUGAAUUCUUUUUGAAAAACCUGUGAUAAAAGUCAAGGCGUGAAAUUGGAAGCGUGAAGUGGUGAGGGAUUACUGUAUUACGAGACCGUGUUAUCGUCAGGGAAAAGUUUCACAGGAAAAAAAGUCUUCAUUUGACAAACAAUGUCAGAAUGUUACAUUUAAAAAAAGAAUAUAUUGACAGUAAAGUUGUCAUUUUACAAGAAAAUGUUGUCAUUUCAUGAAUAAAGUGCAUUCCAAAUAUUUGGGCCCAUUCUUGUGGCCAGCCCGAAUGUUUUGAGCAUGCUAAAAGCUUUCAAAGUGGAAAAAUUUAAAAAAAGUAUUCUAACUGCGCUCUGACUGCAUUCUAAAUAUUCUUCCAGUAUUCCAACAUUAUUCCCAACAUUCUAAUCACAUUCGGGGGAAAAAACCAGCCAGCUGCUGCUGAAACGUCGCCUUAUUCAUACCACGUCAUGCCGCCAAGGAAAAAAGGAGCCAAGUUAAUUCCACAAGCAGCCGCCUGCGUGGACAGCGCGGAGGUGCUGAGACCCAAGAAGCCCACUGAAACGUCACUCUCCAUUGACGCAUCGCCAGUUCAGAUCACGUCAUGCCGCCAAGGAAAAAAGGAGCCAUGCUUACUUUGAAAGCUUAGUUUUGAAACUUUUUCACUCGGGCCGGUUGUGCUUGAUUGGUGCUGAUUGGUGCUUAGCGGGACCGCCGUUUAGAGAGAGAACAGCUGCUGGCCGAGCACUUUUGCGUUUAGGUUCUUGUAUUCUUGAAACAUGACACCUUUAGUCUCUUCAUAAUAAUAUGACUUUUUUCCUGUAACAUUACUUUUUCAUUCCCGUGAUAUUUUUUCUUCGUAGUCCGUCUACAAUCGUCAUCCUCGUAUUUGGAAAAUCUAAAAUAGUUUUGCUAUCAUUUGCUUUGCACCCACCCAACCACAUCAAAUGUACGGAUACGCUUUGCCUUUGCACGUGCAGGUUGUCGGCAUGCUGAUCGUACAAGUUUGCAGCUCUAUUCUAGAAACCAACGCCCUUGCUUACUUAAAGGGAUAGUUGGGAUGUUUUGACAUGAGGUUGUUUGACAUCCCCAUCAGCAGUGUAGUGCAUCAAUGGUGAUUUACCCCCAAGUGAGCCCAGUUUUGGUCGGAUUUCGGUGAUGAAGAAAGUAGUUUGCACUACGUGUUCCACAGUGUUUGCCUGCGCGGAUCAAGACGUGAGCAACGCAGAGCGGUUAUGAGGUCAGAUUUUUUCGAGGAGGCAUUUUUGUGAUGCAAAUGUAUGACUCUUCUGAGAUGACCCAGCAACUAAGCGGAACUACGUUCCUCGUCACGGAUCUCCAACCAGAACCGGACUCACGGGACCAAUUGGGGGGGUCAGUCACUGUUGAUGCACUACACUGCUGAUGGGGAUGUCAUACAACUUCAUGUCAAAACAUCCAACCAUCCCUUUAAGGGCUUUUUCAUAGCAGUGCGACCGCAGACACGUUUUGGAGCCGACAGCUGAUCAAGCUGAUGUAGCUUGUAGCACUUCCGCAGGCAGAGAUACACUACGUGCCUUUUGCAGAUCCAUGUGACAAACCAAAGAGGCCCUUCUUUGCCUUCAGUUACUUCUUUGCCUUCAGUGCGGAUCAUUUUGGACUAAUUGUGCAGAAAUGUUCAACUGCAGCCCAUCAAGCAAAAUACCUCGCAUUGACCACGAACACGCAAUCCUCCUCGCUUGUGUGUGUGCGUGUGAGAGCGCGCACGCUCUGCCACGGACACGACUGAAUGAAAAGCAGCACUUUGGGUGAUUUUAUCAUGGAAAAAAAAGGAGCAUUUUGCGUAUCUGCGGUUUCAUCCACAACCUUUUGUUUGUGUUGUUGCCUACUUGAGCUUCAACUGCCUUUCCUACUCGAGUGCAAAACAAAGAAAUCCCUCCAUAAUGCCAAGGGGUCCGUCUAUCAAGAUAUUUUGGAUACUUUGUGUACAAAAAACAAAACAAAUAGUGUUGUAUUUUCUAUGUAACAGAACAUUUCAAUACAGUGACAUGUCACUAAUAUAUUUAUUUACUAAUAUAUUUAUCCAUUUGGUUCAGGUUUGAAUGGGUGCUUGUGUUCUUCUGUAUGGAAACUAACCAGUGCCAUCACAAAUGUAUCAACCUGUCUUCAUUCCAAUUAUAUGCAAAUAAAUUAUUUUGAAAUAAA